CAAAUAUUUGAUAAUUCUUACCCAGGCGUUCAGGCCAAGCCACACCGCCACAGCCAAAACUUUCAAAACACGCUAAAUUUUCACAUCAGCGGGAAAUACGACCUCCCUUUAAAAAAAACCGAAUUUCAAAUCCCAAAUCUUUUAAAAAACCACACGAACUGUGUCAGUCACAGAAGUAGUACGAAAAAAAAAAAAAAAAACACAACCUAAUAAAGCCUUGCCAUAAAAACCCCACUGUUUUAAGCAAGAUUUUAAAAUUCCACUUCCUCUCCUCAGUCCUCACUCAUUUUUUACUCUUUUUCAAAUUCAAAACCCUAAUUACCAAUUGCAAUUUAAUUUCUCUCCCUCUCUUUAAAAGUUUGGGACUAUGCGGAAGACAAGAAGCAGAGUUGUUGACAACGAAGAAGCGUUAAGGGCCGUGAAGCGCGAGAAGGCGAGUGGCGGCGGCGGCGAAGACCGAGUUGACGCGGCGGGUGACGAUGAGUCGACCCGGGAGAGUCGCUUGGAUCGGCGGGUUCUCCGGUCUAAGUACCUCGCCGUCAUGAAUAUGAUUAAAGAUGAAAGAGACGAUUUAACGAAGGCAGAAUCGGAAAAGUUCAGCGUUAUCAUUGGUGAAGUGGAGAGAUUGCAUGAAUUGGUUCAGAAGCCAAGGGAGCAAGUUGCUGAUGCGGAGGCCCUCUUGGACAUUGCUAAUACCUUGGCGAGCUCCGUGAAAUCCCAUUCCAAUGAGGGUAUCACACCUGCAGAAUUCGUUAGCUGUUUGCUCAAACAAUAUGGGGGACCCAGUAGGGGGGUUGCCACCCAAGGGGAUGCUCAGAUUAUGGUCUGUUGGAAAGAUAUUGGUCUUGCUGUUGCACCGAUUUUCAGUAAGGCUCAUGGAUGUUGUACCAUGCUUGGACCUAUGAAUACCGAGUUGAAGCCUCGAAAGACUGUGGUUCAGAGAAGACGCACAAAGCCAGCUGAAAGUGCUCAUCCUGAAGAGCUAGAUGGUGCUGGGGAAGAAGAAAAAACAGAUACUGACAAGAAUAUGGCAACAAUGUUUGGGAUAUUAAGGAGGAUGAAGCGUGUUAGACUUGAGAGUUUGAUAUUGAAUAGAAAGUCCUUUGCACAGACUGUGGAGAAUUUAUUUGCUCUGUCAUUCCUAGUUAAAGAUGGGCGAGCUGAAAUAAAUGUUGAUGAAAAUGGCUCUCAUCAUGUUUCACCAAGGAAUGCUCCUGCUGCCAACUCUGUUAUGUCAGGCGAGGUUGCUUAUGGUCACUUUGUGUUCAGAUUCGAUUUCAAGGAUUGGAAGUUAAUGAUGGAUGUUAUGCCAAAUGAAGAGGAGCUGAUGCCACACAGGAACAGCUCAAACUCAUCAGCUGCUACCCAGGCAGAGCCAGCAGUGAACAGUUCCCAAGCAACAUUGCCCACAACACCAAUUAGGAAACUGUCCAGGAACCGUGGCCGGGUUGUGCAGGAACAAUCCAUUCAACAAGAAUCAUCUGAUAGUGAUAAUGAUAGCGAUCCUACAAGGGCCAAUGCAAGUCGUAGGUGUAAACGUAAGCUUAAUUGAAGGUAUUAGUAGAAAUUUGUGGAUUUAUCCCCAAAAACAAUAGCAACAUGCAGAGGUUUCCCUCUUUUUGUCCAGUUGCUUGCUGCAUAUUUAUUGUGUCCUACAAUGUAUAUUAUAGGUAUGUUCAUUAA